AUGACUGGAAACAAAACUGUCAUUUCCCAGUUCCUCCUCCUGGGCCUGCCCAUCCCCCCAGAGUACCAGCACCUGUUCUAUGCCUUAUUCCUGGCCAUGUACCUAACCACUGUCCUGGGGAACCUCAUCAUCAUCAUCCUCAUCCUACUGGACUCCCAUCUCCACACACCCAUGUAUUUGUUUCUCAGCAACUUGUCCUUCUCUGACCUCUGCUUCUCCUCUGUCACAAUGCCCAAAUUGCUACAGAGCAUGCAGAGCCAAGACCCAUCAAUCUCCUACGUGAGUUGUCUGACACAAAUGUACUUUUUUAUGGUUUUUGGAGACAUGGAGAGCUUCCUUCUUGUGAUCAUGGCAUAUGACCGGUAUAUGGCCAUCUGCUUCCCUCUUCAUUACACCAGCAUCAUGAGCCCCAAGGUCUGUGCUUGUCUGUUGCUGCCACUGUGGAUCCUGACCAUAUUACAUGCCAUGGUGCACACUCUGCUCAUGGCUAGAUUGUCUUUUUGCAAAAACAAUGUGAUUUUCCAUUUUUUCUGUGACAUAUCUGCUCUCCUGAAGCUGGCCUGCUCAGAUACUUCUGUCAAUGAGUUGAUGAUAUUUAUCUCAGGAGGGUCCAUCAUUCUUGUACCAUUUCUACUCAUUGUUAUGUCCUAUGCAAGGAUUGUCUGCUCCAUUCUCAAGUUCUCUUCUACCCAUGGCAUCCAAAAGGUCUUCUCCACCUGUGGUUCCCAUUUGUCUGUGGUAUCUCUGUUUUAUGGGACAAUUAUUGGUCUCUACUUAUGUCCAUCACCUAAUAAUUCUAAUGUAAAUCUUAUUACCAUGGCGAUGAUGUACACAGUGGUGACACCCAUGUUGAACCCCUUCAUCUACAGCCUGAGGAACAGAGACAUAAAGGGAGCCCUAAGAAGAGUUAUCUACAGUAACAAAAUCUCACUGUAG